UCUUCUUAGCCGAACCUGGUGGGUUCUUUUCAAAGUUUCUAUAUUUGCAGUGGAAUGAAGUCAUCGGCUUUUUUGAUCUAAAUAUAUAAGGCGAGUUGAUUUUGAGUAAAGUUCUGUGUUUUUUUGCAAGUGGUACAUCUCAAUACUACUAUAUUCUAUAUCCCAGUCUCGCUUAAGAUUAUAUUAUUUCAUUCUGCUUCCACCCAACACAUCCCAUCCAUAAUAUUAAACCUUAAAUAGUCAACAUGGCAGACAAUACUCCCACAUUCCACCAUCUCAAUGUAAAUUCCGCACUUCACCAUUCAUUCCAUUCCAUCCAUAUCUCCUGAAAACUAAUCAGCUAUCAGAACUCCCAAUCCCAACGAAUCUUCUGGCUCCUCGAAGAACUCUCUAUCCCCUACACCCUCCAACUUCACGAACGCAACCCCGCCUCUCACCCCACAGCUCCAUUCUACUCACCCCCCUCCCUCUCCUCCCUCGGCCCCAAAGGCAAAGCCCCACUCCUCGUAACCGGCGCCGGGGACAACCAUCGCUACAUCCCGGAAUCCCUCGCCAUCGCCACCUAUCUCAUCCGCACCUUCGACAAUUCCGACAAAUUCGGACUUCGUGAUGGAGAUUGGGUACGUGAUGAAAUGCUCAUCAGUAUGCUACUCACCGAGCUAGUAUUUGCAUCCACUGUGAUGCUUAUGCUUGAUUUUCAGUCUCUAUGUAACGGACCUGGAGCUGGGGGAAAAAUGUUUGAUGGACCGGCUUUGAGGAAGACAUUGGGAGAUUUAGAGAAGGAGUUAAAGAGUGGUCCUGAGGGGGGAUAUUUUAUGGGGAGGCAUCCUGGACGAGCGGAUAUUAUGGCGGAGUUUCCGUUGGCGAUGAUUAGACAGAGGGGAUGGGUGGAUUUGGCGACGGAAUUUCCGACUUUGAAUGAGUGGCUGGAUAGGUGUUACGAGAGGCCUGCUUGGAAGAGGUCUAUAGAGAAGGGAAACGGGUAUGAUUUGAGCACGUUUCCAAAGGAGAAACAUUUGCAGGCAAACUUGUAGAUGCGGCUUGGUAGGCAGGAGAGUAUGGCGUUCUGCAAAGUUAAAUAUGUCACAUGCGAAUCACAUGUUAGAAUGAAUAAUCACCCCUCUUUGGACCAGAUAAAACGGCUCAAAUAUCGCUCAUAUAUAGAUACAUCAAUGUUACAGGCAAUCCUGUCUA